AUCCCGCUGCCCGAUCUGUCCGCCACCCCUGCCGUCGUUGACCCUUUGCAGUAUGGCGAUCUGGCUGCUCUCGGUCUUGCCGCCUGGACACCAGCCGGUAUUUGUCGCUGGAGCAUUGAGUUGAUCCAUGUAUCGACCGGCAUGCCGUGGUUCUGGACGAUCGUCAGCGUGACUGUCAUCUCACGUAUUAUCCUCCUCCCCUUCCAAAUCAGAAGUAUGCAAGCUAGCGCACGCCUUGCUCCGUACCAGCCUGAGCUCGCUGCGCUCCGACUGGACAUGCAGAAGGCGAAGAUGAAUGGCGAUACUCUGGGCCUGCAGGCGUCCGCUUUGCGCCAGAAGAUGCUGUUCAAGAAAGCCGGCGUCGGCAUGCUGAGCAUGCUUAUAACGCCGUUUGUCCAACUCCCAGUGACGUUGGGCAUGUUUUUCGGCAUCAAAACACUGUGUGAUCUCCCGCUGGAACAGCUCAAGCACAGCGGGAUAGAGUUCCUGCCGGACCUCACCGUGGCGGAUCCGAUGUGCAUCCUGCCGAUUGCUUCGGCGGUUUUGAUGAACGUCCAGCUGUUGCUCAGUGUCAAAGACAUGGCGGUGUCAUCACCGUACGCGGUACACAUGGUGAACUUCUUCCGCGUGCUCUCGAUCGUCUCCAUUCCUGUGAUAUGGAACUUCCCAUCUGGCACCAUGGUCUAUGUUGUUACGGGCAUCACAUGCCUCAUUGUACAGACAGCCGUCCUAAGGGUGCCAGCAGUGCGCGUGUUUUUGAACAUCCCUAUCAUCGCAAAGCGGGACAGCGUCAAGCCUGCGUCGUUCAAGGACUCCAUAGAGUACGUAAAGAAGUGGUGGAAGGACAAGAAGGCGGAGCAGGAGGCU